UGCUAGCAUUGUUUCUUGUCCGAGUCCUGGGUUGGAUGUAUAAGUUUCCAGGGUUACUUUGUAACUUACUUUGUUACUUUGCAGCCAGAGAGGAGGUAAAAACAAGCAACAGACUCAUCUCACCAUUAGACAAUCAUCACCUCUGAUCAAUUUCAAGUCAUUGUGAAUAUAUUUGGAGCUCAUGCAAAUGUGUGUAUGCUCUGCAAAGAACUGAAUUGACCGCCGAAGAAUGGAGGUCUCCAAACGACUGCCCAAAGCUGAGCAGUUGACAGAUGAAGGGACAGAGAAGACAAAAGAUGAAGCGGUUCAUCUGAGGAGGAGUAUAGGUCUGCUGCCGUCCAUUUCUUUUAUCAUUGGCACUGUGAUUGGCAGUGGGAUCUUCAUCGCUCCUAAAGGUGUUUUGAUGAAUUCAGGCAGUGUUGGAGUCUCUCUUAUUGUCUGGAUUCUGUGUGGGGUUCUGUCUCUGUUUGGUUCUCUGUGCUAUGCUGAACUGGGCACAAGCUUUACGAAGUCGGGGGGUCACUACACCUACCUUCUGGAGACCUUGGGUCCUCUGCCUGCCUUCCUGCGGCUUUGGACUGAAUACUUAUUAAUCAGACCUGCGGUGACCUCUUAUGUAUCUUUAGCAUUCGGACGUUAUGCAGUUGAGCCGUUUUUCAUGCCUUGUGCGGCUCCGACCAAUCUGGUCAAACUCGUCAGCAUCUUGGCAGUCUCAUUCGUGGUGGUAGUGAACUGCUGGAGUGUGUCUUUAACUGCUCGUACGCAGGUGUCGCUGACGGUCAUCAAGCUGUUCGCUUUGAUUCUGAUCAUCAUUCCAGGAAUCAUGGCUUUGGUUAAUGGCAAAACUGCCAAUUUCCAGGAUGCAUUUGACUCGGAAUCUUUUUCAGUGACCAAACUUCCGCUGGCUUUUUAUUCUGGAUUAUAUGCAUAUAGUGGAUGGUUUUAUUUAAACUUCAUAACUGAAGAGGUCAUUAACCCCAACAGAACUCUUCCGUUGGCCAUUAUUUUCUCCAUUGUUACGGUUACUGUGUUUUACGUGCUGGUGAAUGUGGCUUACUACACCAUGAUGACAGCAGAUGAGCUCCUGAUGUCAGAUGCUGUGGCAGUGACAUUUGCCGGUCGUGCUCUCCAGGGUUUGGCACCGGCCAUGCCCGUACUGGUCGCGCUUUCUUGUCUUGGAGCUGUAAAUGGAGGUUUUUUUGGUUCAACCAGGAUGAUAUUUGUGGGAGCCAGAGAGGGUCACAUGCCAGGCAUCUUCUCCAUGAUCCAUAUUCGCCGACAGACACCGCUACCUGCUAUAUUGUUUCUGUAUCCUUUGGUGGUCAUUAUGAUAGCAAGAGGAGAGAUCUAUGAACUGAUCAAUUUUGCCUCUUUCUCACGUUGGUUUUUCAUCGCACUGGCAACCCUGGGGAUGCUCAUCCACCGAUACAGAUUCCCAGAACAUCCAAGGCCAUUUAAGGUUCCUCUGGUUAUUGCUGUGAUCUUCACCCUGGUGUGUUUCUUCAUUGUGGGUUUGUCUUUGUAUUCUGAUCCCUGGAAUACGGGGUUGAGCUGUGGCCUAACCCUCGCAGUUGUACCCUUGUAUUAUCUAACAAUGAAGACAUCGUGUAUUCCUAACCGCUGGAAAAAAACCUUCAACUAUUUUAGCCUACAGCUGCAAAUCCUUCUGGAGGUGACACCGCAAGAAGUGCAGACCUACUGACGGAGAGAUCCAACAACAGUCAUACAAGCUAAAAUGACUGCAAAAAAACGACAAGACUUUAAAGGAGAGUGCAGAAUAUCAAAGACUUGUGUAUCAAACUUUUAUAUUCGAAGACUGAUUAUGUUAUCACAAUAUUGGGGUGGUUUCCUGGACAGGGAUUAGCUUAAGCCAGGCCUAGACCUUAGUUUAAUCAGAAAAUAUAACCAGUUUUAACAAACAUGCCUUACUAAAAACUGCCAUGCAUUUUGAGGCAAAACAAAGGGAACUGAUGUAUUUAAAGGUAUGUCAGUUCAGGUUGUUUUCAUUUUCGACAGCUUAUUAUUUAUUUUUUGUCUAACCCCUGUCCUGGAAACGGCCUCAUAUUGUUCAUUUCUGAGUAUUAUUUUUCCAUAAUUCACAAAGAAAUGCACAUGUGUUUUUAUGAAGUAUCCUUUUAUUCAUAAGUAGGAUGUAAAAUAGCAAAAGAAACCUAGUUGUAUGCUUUGUCGGAUAUGAUCAUAAGCCUCUAGAGAUUCUGGUCAGAGCCAUUCUAACAGUACAAUCCAAUGGCAAAAAGAUAACAAUGGUCACAUUUCAAUACGAUUUUUAAACAAAUGACACAAUAUCUCACACAUUAUGAUUUUUGAAUGUCAAGGUCUAUGAAUGUGAAAGUUGGUGAACAAAGAUCUUACCAAGGCCAACAAACAACUUAUACCUGUCAGCUACGUUAUGUUAUGUUUAUGAUUUAUUGCUUUGUGUAUAUAUAUAAUCUGAACUCUACACAUGUUAACAUUCUAAUCUCUCGAUGCAUAGAAAUGCAUUCACAAUAAAAGCUUUAGAAUAAACCACA